AUGCCUCCAAAAAAGAAGGUUCGUGGGGGUGCAGGGGCCGCAAAGGCCUUUGCUUCGGGUGAAAAUACCCGUGCUAUUGCCAAAGAUAUGGAAUCAGUUUGCCCCCUUAUGCAUGCAGUGAAUGCUUGCAUUGAUUCCAUGUACUCCCUUCGGCAUAGAAAGUCGGGUGACGUAGCAACGGAAUGUCUUCCAGAACUUCCUUUGCAAGACUCUGGGGGAAAGUAUGUCUGGCCCAUCAAUGAAGGGGGAACCUUCAAAGACAUAGCUCAACGAGCAUGGAAAGACCCUGAUGUCCUUCUGAAUGAGUCUUGGGAGAUGUUGCUUGCUGCUGGCCUUUUGGACCCCGAUUCAACAUCCAGUACCUUGAAGGAAAAGUUUUGCACCAUUGAGGAGUGGCCACCUCGACCUGGAGCCAACUUCGACACCAGUGUGCUCAUGUGGUCAUUUCGGGAUGAGUCUUUCUGGCGUGGGAAGCAUGUGGCAAUGUCUGAGAUUAUUGGCAUCGCCCGAUCAAUUGCCCUGACUCGAUUUCGGGAGGGCGAGAAGAUCUCCUUGCGGUUGCCACCUACCGCGGAGGAGGUGGAUGGGUGCUGUGACGCCAACAACUUUGUCCUAGGCACCUUCUGGUUUGGUGACGGUUCCCAAAAAACUCUGGCAGCCAUGGCGGUGUUCAUAGCCCUGCUAGUCACUUGGAAGAACCACAAAGAGUUGAUCACCGACCCACAAGUAGUCCAGUUGCUGUCAAGCUUGGUUGUCAUUCCCACCAUCUACAAAGCAACUGAUUCUGCUACCAGCGGAUUGCAGAGUACCAUCGGCAAGAUUGUGAAACAGAACAAGGAUUCAAAGGUGCAACCGGUUUCAUCACUACAAUGGUGCUCCAUUUUGUCAGCUAUGAAAUCUGAUGGGGGUGCAAUUUCUUUUGACUCAGCCAUGGAUGCUUACAACCAGCACCCAGAAGUGAAAGCCUUUUCAGACAAUGCGGCUGAAUCUGGAGUUGGAUCCAUAGCUCUUGAUAAGAGGAGAAAGAUUGCUGUCAAACACUGGCUUGAGAAGACAUGCACGGAUGCCUUUGACGUAGUGGAAUCAUCAACCCACGAUCUUGCCUUUUCUAUGGGAGCCUUUGGGGAAACGGUAGCAUCCUACCCCUUUUUGUUCCUGGGAAGUACGGCAUCGGGGCUUUCGGCAAACCCAGCAUGUACUCUGAAGCCAUUGGACCAUGAAGCCUUCUUCACCAUCGACUACAAGCUACCCAUGACAGACUUGGGGCAGACCAUGCUCUUCAGAAGAAUCCAAUCGAAUUUUGUCAGGGAGACCUCCAUGAUUCCAGCCCAACACAAAAAAAAAUACAGGAUGUCCGAAGAGAAUCUGAAACAGCUCAGAAACCUAUGCUGUAUGUUUGCCCAGCUCGUCCCCCACUUGACCAGCCGCCUUCCGCCAGAACAGAUGGACCAGUGGAUGAAGGACAUCUCCGAAAGUGCCUCACGGGAUGAGGACAUUCGGUUCAUUUUGGAUGCUGCGCCCCAAAACUUCUCUCUGAGCAUGCUUCCCUCAUCAUGUGCACUUGCCCAAGAACAAGCCCAACAACGGGAGCAAGCCAUUUGUUUGAAGGUUGAGAAACAGCGUUUAGAUGUUCUUGAUGCUCAGUGGACUUACUUCCAAUCGGGUCUCAAACGUGAUCAAUGCCUGAUAGAGAAGAUCAACAUGGUCCCAACGAAGAUAGCCACCAAGUUGCACCAAAAAGAGGUGAAACACAUGCAGAAUCAAGCAAGAUCCGGCGAGGCAGCGGUGCAGGGAUAUGCAGAGAAGUACAUCAAGGUGCUCCAUGUUCCCAGAUCAGAACUGACUACUGCAAACAUCACGGAGAUGAGGGAUGCAGUGGCGAAAGAUGCUGGGUGCACUGGAGAUGACAUCUCUUUUGUCAGCCUGACCGAUUUCAACGUUCCCAAUUGCCGAUCAACGGGAAAUGUGGAUGCCCUUACUGAGCGCAUUGCUGCGAUCAACAACCUAGCGCCUGAGCGCAAUUGUGGGGUGGCUAUCUUUCCAGACCUCCCCAAGGACUCAUCCUUGAGGGGCCUCUACGACGAGGAGAAGGCUUUGCAAGAAAGUUUUUUUGCAUUGCGCCAGCAUUGCGACACACGGUUCAUAGAAUUGUUUGAUCGGGACAAGCGUUCCAUCCAGAAAAGCAAUUCUCGGCGGUUUGGGUGUGGACGGGUGGUUGUGAGCCACGACAAGCUGGACUCAAACCCUUGGCUGUCAUCUUCGGAUCUUGCCAUCAAUGGUCGAGCAGUUGCUGUGAACGAAAGUGAAAUGGGUGCUCCGACAGUCAAGUUGCCAAGGACAGUCAAGUUGCCAAGGGGGCAGGAACUGUUACUACCAGAAAAUGGUUCCCCAGAUCAUGACCUGCGAAUGAGUGAACGAUUGAAACCAUCUCCCGAGCAAGCAGCAGCUCAGAAAGGGGUUCGGCGAGCCGAAACUAUGUUGAUGUCCCUCUUCAAGGGCAUGAAGUUGCGGGGGCCCACCAUCAUCUGCAACCUUACUGGCUAUGUCGAAGAGUUUGCGGUUGCUGUUUUCAACUUGAGACAGAAGGGCAUGGUUGGGGAGUUUGACUUCAAGACUGUCUACUACCUCAGCACCCAUUUCCUGGAUUCACCAGAGAACGCAGAAUAUGGGAAGACCCGGGUUCUCAGAGAACUCCUGGAAGCCUGGUGUGAGAAAAAAAUGACCUUUGCAGGGAUCAAGUAUGAGGACGGCGAGAUCAAACUGACGGAUGAGGAGCUCAGUCAAAUCCCAGGCUCUGAAGUCACAAAGUCUGUGGACGCUUUGAAGCUGGAAGUGACAGUGAGGUCUGGAUCCUCCAUUGAGAUCCACCCAGACCAGAUCAAGACAUGGAGGACGCAGGGGGGCAACUAUGCUGCUGACUUUGAGAAGUUGCUGACCGAGCAUGACAAGACCUACAAGAACAUGCUGGCUGGGGUGAUUGGCUCAACCUCGGGUGGGGCACCUUCAGGGCAAGUUGUGGCGGCAGAUGAGACUCCGGUUCCGGGACCUGAGGUGGAGGCACCUCCUGCAGUCACUGACUUUGAGAGUGUGGAGGCUUUGAAAGCACAGGAUGAAAUCAGCUUCAAGUGCGUUUCGGAGGUUGCUGAUGUUGAGCUUCUCAGGGGCAAAUCUGGAAGCACCUACUUAGUUGCUGUGAAGAAGAACCGGGACAUCCCUCGUCAUACCAUCAUUGGCGGGUUUGGCACAGGAAAGUUCGUUCCAGUGGCAGCACCGGAUGAAGGCCUUCUCUUCGAGUGGCCGCAGGGAGACAAGACCCUGAUUUCUGUGGACCAUUCAGCCAUCAACCCUGAGUCAACAAGUACGGAGGUGAUGACACUUUACCGGUACUUAGUGUUGUUGGAGCGGCAGAAGAGGGUUGUGAAGUAUGACUUCAGCUACUCUGAGGUCUCUCGGUUGUCUGGUGGGGACACUGACGGGUUCAGCGUCAAAAUCAGCCAGGGCCACAAAUUCAAGGUCAUGAACGAUGCCGCAAAGGCAGCUACUUGCAAAACAUGGUUUGGGGACUCCAUCUCCAAGAUCGAAGCUUCAUCUGCGGUUCAGAAAGUGUUCCGGGUGAGGUUUGACCGGGUGAACGCUUGCUCGAAGUUGCAAAAGCCCUAUGUGAUGCUGAAGCAUGCUCUCUCACUUCAGCUUGGGCGCCCUGUGAAGGUGUGUUGACCAGUGAUUUCCUGAGCAGCCUGAGAGCCGGUUUUGAAACUUAGAGUUUGGAAGGGGCAAUUGGCCUCUCAUGCAGCGACCUCUUGAGUCUGAACAUGUAUGAAUAUUUAGCUCUGACUAUUAUCCAUUGGAAUUAUGAGCAAUGUCUACC